AGUAUGUCGUCGUUCAGCGUCAACAACCUCUUCAGCGUGUCUGGCAAGGUCGUGCUGGUCACCGGAGGAAGUCGGGGUAUAGGCAAAGCGAUUGCGACCGCUUUCGUGACGAAUGGCGCGAAGGUCUACAUCUCUUCGCGCAGUGCCAAAGACUGCGACGAGACUGCUAAAGAGCUUAACGCUCUAGGCAUGGGCACAUGCACUCCUCUGCCUGCCGAUCUCCAAAAAGUAUCUGAGGUCGAGCGGCUCGUAAAGGAGAUUUCGUCAAGAGAGACUGCUUUGCACGUGCUCGUGAACAACGCUGGCACAACAUGGGGUGCCGAGAUCGACGAACACCCUGACGAAGCCUUCACCAAAGUGAUCACUCUCAACCUCCAACGUGUCUUCACAUUGACCCAGAAGUGUCUGCCCUUACUCCGCGCUGCCGCCAAGCAGGGCGGCCGGGAAGGGCUCAGUUGGAACGACCCUGCCAGAAUUAUCAAUAUUGGAUCUGUCGAGGGCCUGAGAGUCGAAAACCACGAAACGUACGCCUAUUCUGCGUCUAAGGCCGGCUUGCACCACCUGAGCCGCACGUUCGCUGGUCGUCUCGGCUGGGAAGGCAUCACGAGCAAUACAAUCGCAUGCGGUUCUUUCCCCACCAAAAUGACGGCUUUCACGCUUGAACAUGUCGGCGAGUAUAUCCUCAGUGGCACGCCAUUGUGCCGCAUCGGCAAACCAGAGGAUGUUGGCGGUACCGCCCUCUUCCUGGCGAGCCCUGCAGCGAGCUGGAUGAACGGUGCCACUCUUACUUUGGACGGAGGCUCGACUGUGGCUAUGACGAGUAUGCGCGAAGCUGCAAAGUUGUGAUUACAGCGAUAGGUUACAAUGUCGCGCAUUUCUGCUAGAAAGGACUACAACGCAAUAAA